AAGUGCCCUUCUUCCCCACUUCUUCGUCACUUCACCUAAACCUCUCUCGUCUCCUUCAUCAUUCAAAAGAAUCAACCCUUUUUUAUAUAUAUAUUUUGGAUUCAAGAUUGAUAUCAAAAUUGUCAAUAGAAUCGAAAGAUGGGAGUGGAAGGAACGAUGGAAUACAUCUCUGAAUUGCUGAAGAAAACGAAGAAGAAGAAGAAGAAACAGAUGCAGACAGUGGCUCUUCGAGUGGCCCGAAUCGAUUGCGAAGGUUGCGAACGUAAGAUCAAACACAUCCUCUCCGGCGUCAAAGGGGUGAAAACGGUGGACGUGGACGCGAAGCAACAGAAGGUAACGGUGACAGGUUACGUGGAGCCGAAGAAAGUGCUGGAGGCGGCGAAAUCGACGAAGAAGAAGGUGGAGCUGUGGCCGUACGUCCCGUACACGAUGGUGGCUCAUCCGUACAUAUCUCAGGCUUACGACAAGAAGGCUCCGCCCAACAUGGUUCGCAAAGUCCCCGACACCGCCGCCCUGUCCGAGACCACCGUCGACGACCGUUACACCAUCAUGUUCAGCGACGAGAACCCUAAUUCUUGCUCCAUCGUGUAGAUUUCUUACCACUAUUGAUAUUAGUUUUUUAAUUAUGUAUAUGUAUCAUAUAUUAUUAAUUUUUGGUAAAAGGCAAUCAAUCAUCGUGGUAAGAAUGCUAUUAAAUAAACAUAUAAAUAAAAAGUGAGAAAUCGUGUUUGGUUUCGUGCC